AUGUCCAACGCCAUCUCCUCCCCAUCGGCCCUCUUUACCACCCAAGCCUACUCCACCCACAUCCAACUCCUCUCCAUUGCCCGUCUGGGUCUCGGUCUCGGUGCAUUCAUCGCUCCAGCACUGUUCACCCAAAACAUCUUUGGAUUCACUAAAACCCGGGAUGGCAGUGCCCAAAACAGCAACCCCAACCCAUCUGCCGGGAGUGCAGAGGAGCUCUCGAUUGCUGUCCGUCUCUUUGGCGCGCGGGACAUCGGCCUCGGACUACUCUUGCGUGACUCGGCAUCAGCUGUAGUCGAAAGAGGGCUCCAAAUGGGAUGCUUGGCAGAUAUCUUGAGUGUUUGCGGUGCUGGGUUUGGAUACAUCGAGGGAACCUUGAGUCAAGAAGUGGCCACCGGAGUCGGUCUCGUCGGCUUGGUGUUGGCUGGCUUCCAAGCUUAUAUCUUGAACAAGUAA